CCUGGAGAUGGGGGAAGACUAGAAGAGCUGAGCUUUGCCUCUGAAUCCAGACUCCACAUGCAAAGCUCAAACAGCCUUUCUUGACUUCCAGGGAAUGAUCAAAUGAUGCAUUCUUGGGCCUGGGGCAGCCAGGGCAAUUCAGGUUAGGAAGGAGAGAUGAAGGAAUCUGGCUUGGGAACCAUAGUAUUUAAAGCUAGGAAAGGUUGUGAAGACCAUCUAGUUUGAUCACUUCAUUUCUCAGAUGAGCAAACUAAGGUAGGGGGUGUAACUUUCCAAGACUGCAGUCACACCGUAAGUGGCAGAACAAAUCUUUCAGCCUGGGGGAUGGGAGGGGGGGGAAGGGGCCAGAGUGACUCAGGCAGGGACUGACCUCUCUCCCUGCAAGAAUAUAGAGGAGCUUGAUUCCAUUCGGGCAAUUCCAAGCUCCUCUCACUCAUACAGCACAUGUCCAGCAAGAUGUCAAGUGGCAGUGACAUAGGGCAGGCCCGCCGGGCAGUGGAGCAGCUGCGGAUGGAAGCUGGCAUUGAUCGUGUCCAGGUAUCCAAGGCAGCAGGAGAGCUCUUGCAGUACUGUGUGGAACAUGCCAAAAGUGACCCAUUCCUCAUGGGCAUCCCAGCCGCUGUCAACCCCUUCAAGGAGAAGAAGCCUUGUACCAUUCUGUGAUUUCCUCUCAAGGAACCCUUGUACCUUGAGAUAUCCCCAUUGUGAGAUCCUUUCCCUCAAAUUCCUGAAUCAACACUCCUAUCAAGA